AUGCCUGCCAGUUCCUCAGAGUCCAAAAGUGAACACGGGGGUCUUUUUGAAGCCCAAACCGAUGCCGAUAACAGAUCUGAUGGUCACAUUUUGAGACAUUUUUUUGAUGAUUGGCCAAGAAGACUACAGGACCCUGACAACAGUGGAGCAAAUGCAAGCCCGCUGAACACCGCGAGCCUGCCAGGGAGUUUGUCAUUGGAUGUGUCAUUGAAGCUGGCAACAGGGAAAGGUGACCAACUAGGUACCUUGGCUGGCGGCAGGGAUCAUCAGCUGCAGCCACCAUUGAACUGGAUCAUGGAUGGAUGGGCAACAGCACCGAACCGAGUGGCUUCCAUGGGAGGACCUCUCGCGGAUGCUUUACGGUCGUCGUCGACGACUAGUACAUCACCCACUAGUGUUCUGCAUCAGUUAACGAGGGGUUCUACAUCUGAAAUUAGCUAUGUCAGCACUUGGAUUUAG